AUGUAUAAAUCAAUUCAUCGAGGCGGUCGUGUAAACAGAUUUUUGAUAGUAAUUAAGCGAUUACUCAUUGGAAAUGAAAUUUUUGAAUUGGAGCCAAUUGAUGAAACGAUGGUGAAUACGAAGAAAAUUGAAAACGAUUAUGCGACGCUUUCAAUUCGUAAAAAAUAUUCGAGACCAUCGGUGUGUUGGUGUAUACUAUUUUCGUUAACGAAUCGUUCGCUAUUAUCGUUGAAUAAUAAACGAUUAUCAAAAAAGGAAGAAAAUAUUAUGUCGGAGAAAUUACAGAAAUUAUUCUUUGCACUUCAUCGAGGAUUCAAUUCAUAUGUAAAUUUAUAUGCGAAAGAAAUUAACCGGCUGAAAGGGGAAUUGGAAGCGAAAUUUAAUGAUUCAAAUGAUUAUAGACAUUUAAAUAAUGUUAAUUUUCAAAAAUUUUGUCGCAGACAAAUUUCGGACGAAAAGAAUUUUCUAACGAAUUUAAUGCUAGCUGAAGAAAACCUACAACAUUAUACUUUGCACGUAAAACGUCUUUCCAAGCUUUAUGAAGAAUGUGCUGCUCAACUGAAUAAUAGGAUAAUCAAUUUUUCUGUAGUUUCUCGAAUUGAUUUAGAGGAUUCGCUGAAUGGAUUUGGUGAAGCAAAUUCAAGUUAUUCAAAUGAUAAUCUGGAUGCUGGUCGUUCAUUAGCUGCAAUCGGAUUAGAAUUAUAUAAUAUGGCUGCUGUACUUGGAUUCGCUCGAAUUGCACCUGGUGAUGUGUUCGAAAUUAAUAUAAGACAUGGGUCACAAAAAUGGAAAAUCCGUGGGAAAACAUUAGCCGACAAAUCUCAGAUAUGGGAUAAUUCUUCAGCCUUGUUCACAUGUUCUCCCGAUUAUACGUUUGACGUUAAGGUUUAUGAAGUUCGUUUUCUGAAAUCAAGACUACUUUGCGAAAAAAGUUUUGAUCCAUGUGAUCUAUUAUUAUCGCAGUCUCAGUUGAUUACGAUGGAUUUAAAUCAAAUUGGCACAUUAAAAUUGGAAUUGGUUUUUACUUGGAUUCCAUUACUGGCGUCAAAAACAGGAUGUGGGACAUCAUUAACAAAUAUACCAGAUAAUCCAACAGAAAAUAAUAAAGGAAUUAGAGAAACAGAUAAAAAACCGCGGAUUUUGUUACGUGAAAAAAAGCGCAGUAAUGCAGCGGUUGAACUGAAUCGGCAAAAAGAAAUUUGGCGCUCAUCAACAAAUAUUUUAGAUUCUGUUUAUAACGAUAUAAGUAAAUCUAUUCCAACCAUUGACACAGUUGAAUCAAUGCCACGAAAUAAUUUAGCAGUAUCGGCGAAUUCACCAUCGAAUGCUUCACCAAAUCAUCGAUCAUUAAGCAUUUCUUAUUUAGUGCCAAAUUCAAAUCAUGAUUUAGUAUCAAUUCAAAAUUUGAAUUCAGCGACUAAAGCAACUAGAUCAUUUAUUCUAUCAGUCAACCAGAUAAUACAAAUUAUUGAUUCUUUAAAGCCAAUGAUUGCAAGAAUCAUUCGAAAUUUUCCUGAAAUUAUUCAUUUUAAAACAUCUCUUAACAAUUGGCUAAUCCAUCUAAGGUUGCUUAAUCCUUUUCACGACAGUGGCAUCGAUUCUUUACGACAAAACAUUUCUCCCUACAAUAAUUUAAAUGCAUCAAACCAUUUCUGCACUGGAUCAAACAAAAUUGGAUCUAUGGAUCCAGUUAGUAUUGGACCAUCUCAACGGCGAUUUAAACACUUGAAAGAGAAAGAACGAAGGAAAUCGAUUGGUGCAGUUGUUGAUGGUCAUUUAGAUUAUGCUGAACAAUGUUAUUCAUUUUUACAUGGUAACUCACUGAGCAGAAAUUCAUUGAAAAAAAAUUCAAAUUUAUCUUUGUUGUUUGCCAGUUAUGAAAUUCUUUUAUGUUUAAGGCAUCAUUUGUUUCGAUGUGCUAAUACAGUUAAGGAUCUGGCAACUAUGUUGCAUGUACUGACCAGCUUGAAUGCAUCUUCAAAAAUAUGUGAAAUUUGGCUUACUACAAUUUUUCCACUGGAUAAAUCACUAAUUGCAUCAACUCAGCCGCUCAAGCGACAAAUUCGAUCUCAGUUAGGUAUUAUAGUGGAAAAAAGAUAUCCGGAAUUAGUUACUAUAGUUAUAAAUAAUUUAAUAUUACUAUUAACGGACAAAAAUGAAUGGGAACCGGAUUUAAUCAGUGUUUUUCAAUUCACUGGUUUAUUUCGCGACAAAAAUGUUAUAUCAUUCGUCGAAAAUGUGGGACAUGAAGCGUGGAUAACCUCAGGUCUCAGUUCACGACGAAUCUCCAGAGUAAAAGAAGUUAUGGAACGAUUAUCGAAAGUGCCUGUUGUACCACCGCUUGAGAGUUUGCGUCACAUUUCAUUAAUAUUAACAUGUCCAGAUCGUGAAUUACAAGCUGUUGUUGAAGAGUAUUUGGUUAAUGCGAAUAGUGAACUUCGAAAUGAUCUUAUAACUUGUUAUAUAUGUCUUCUGGAGCACGAAAAUGAUUAUAGUAGGAAAGCUGCAUGCCGAUCUCUCGCUAUAAUAAAUGUAGAUUUGAUAUUUAAUUUUCCAAUUAUUUUUUUAAACAAAUCAGCUGAUUCGAUUCCUCACUUAUCAUUUGUUGCGGUUAAUGAUUCGUCUGAAAUGGUUCGAGAAGAAGCGUAUAAAGCACUUCAGGCGAUGGAUUAUUCGUUGAAUGAAAUCGCUGAUUUCGAAUCAACAAGAAUUUAA